AUGAAAUUGAACAAAAGUUAUAUAUUAAUAGUUGUUCUUUUAUUAUCUUUAUUUUACUCAAGUGUUUCAUCGACUAAAACAACAUUAAUAAAAAGCAAUAAUCAUUAUAAUAGUGAUAAUAGCAAUAACGACAACAAAAAUAUUAAUAUUAAUAAUAAUAAUGAUGGUGAUGGUGAUGAUGACGACGAUAAUAAUAAAAUAUUAAUAACACCAGAAAAUCAAAAUCAUUUAAUACAUGAUAUUGGUAUAGAUAGUAGUAGUACUGAAAUAUUAUUCGGUAGUAGUAGUAAUAGUGGUAGCUGUGGCGAAAAAAACAAUACCAAACAAAAUGCAUUAGCAAAUCAACGUGAAGCAAAUACAAUUAUCUUUAUUAUUAUGUUAAUUUUAACAGGGUCAGUAUUAAUAGUUUAUUUCAUCAUUUCAUUGGAUAUACCAUUCGUACCAGAAUCAGUUGCCGUCGUCACAUAUGGAAUUAUAUUGGGUAUUGUUUUCAGAUUCUUUUAUAGUGAUAUUGUAAAUCAUGUCGUUAGUUUCGAACCAGAGAAUUUCUUUUUAUUCAUUUUACCAACAAUUAUCUUUGAAACUGGUUAUUCUUUACAUAAAACUGAUUUCUUUAAUAAUAUUGGACCAAUUUUAAUGUUUGCUGUAUUUGGUACAAUUAUUACAUUUUUAGUUGUUGGAUUUGGCAUUUAUAUAGUUGGUUACUUUGGUGUAUCAAUAGCACUUUCAUUAAAAGAUUCAUUUGCAUUUGGAUCAAUUAUUAGUAGUACAGAUCCAGUUUGUACAUUAGCAAUUUUUCAAGCAUUAAAUGUUGAUCCAAUGUUAUAUAUUUUAGUACUAGGUGAAAGUAUUUUAAAUGAUGCAACUUCAAUGAUGUUAUAUAGUGUUGUUGAAGAUACAAGUACAAGAGAUAUCAUUAUAAGUUGUGCAAUGUUUACAGUGGUUGCAAUUGGUUCAGUAAUAUUGGGUGUAGUUAUGGCAUUGUUAUUAUCAUUGAUUUUGAAAUGGAUCAACAUUGGUAAAUUCCCUGCAUUGGAAACCAUUUUCAUGGUUAUGUUUUCAUAUAUGUCUUAUGUGUUGGCAGGUGCAUUGGAUAUCUCUGGUGUAUUGGCGGUAUUCUUUUUCGGUAUCACUUUAAAUCAAUAUGGUGCCUAUAGUUUAUCACCCUAUACAAAGUUAACAAGUGGUCAAUUAUUUAGAACUGCUGCUUUCAUCUCUGAAACUUUCUUAUUCCUUUAUUUUGGUUUAAGUUUAACUGCCCAUGAAUUCAAAUUUGAUCUUGGUUUAUUCUCUUGGAGUAUUUUAUUUACAUGUUUAGCAAGAGCAAUAUCAGUAUUUCCAAUGUGUUUUUUAUUAAAUAAAUUUUUAAAGACAAAAAUACCAUGGGUAAUUCAAGUUGCUAUUUGGUUUGCAGGUUUAAGAGGAGCAUUUGCAUUCUCUUUGUCUUUGGAUUAUAUUUCAGAGGAUGAACAUAUGAAUGCAUAUAUUAGAACCAAUACAUUAUUGGUUGUGGUGUUUACAAUCUUUGUGUUUGGUAUGGGUACAUAUCCUUUAUUAAGAGUAUUGGGUAUUAAAACAUCACAAACCGAUCAGUCUUUGGACAAUAUUUCAAAACCAAUGAGUAAGCAAACCAAACAAAAAGAUAGAACUAAACUUUAUGAAUCAUUUGAUGAUAAAUACUUCAAACCUUGGUUUAGAAAGAGAGUACCACCUUUAGCAAAUGAAGCAAUUGAAAUCUUUGAAAAAAUGGUUAUUCAAUCCUCACACGAUCAUGAAUUGGAUUCUAAUCCAUUACGUUUCGAUGAUGAUGAGGAAGAUGAUGAUGAUGAAGAUUUGGAUUUCGAUUCAGAUUUAGAUUUAAAUAUAAAUAUAAAUACUGAUAGUAUUCAUCAAAGUGAUAAUAAUAAUAAUGAUAAUGGUAAUAACAAUAACAACAACAACAAUAUUAUUAUUAACAAUAACAGCCAACAUCACUCCAAUGAUGGAAGUAAUAACAAAAAUAAUGAUACAUUACCACUUAUUUAA